CAGAGUUCCUCCAUAUCGUUCUAUUGGAGUGGCGCGGUAGGCAUGGCGGUUACAGCUCCGAUCACUGAGUGCGGUUUGAUUCCUGCCACGUCCUGUAAGAAGUUUUGGAGGUUCCCCUGACUGCUUUGUUUUCCUCCCACGUUCCAAAGACUUGCCGUUAGGGUUAGUGUGUACUAUAUUGGCAUCGGAACCAUAGCGUCACUGGUGGGCUGACUUCUGCACAGUUCUCGGAUUGUGAUUGUUGUUGGCGCGAAAUGACGCAUUUCACUGUUCCUUUAGCUUUUAUCGAUGCUUUUAUUUUGGCAUGGACUUUGACUGAUCCGAUUGUGCACUGGCAGCACGACUUCACUUCUCUCUGCAACUCUGCGCAAUGGCAAAAAGUACAAGGAUCUUCGACCUGAAACCUUAACUGUUUCUCUUUCCACUGAUGCUGCCUGACUACCUGAGUAUUUCCAGCAAUUCCUGUUGUUAUUUUAGAUUUUGAGCACCUGCUGGUUUGAUUCUUGAUUUUUACUCUUGGCAUUUCGCGCGUUUCCAAGAGAUCUGGAAUAUUGUGUUCGUCACAUGAAAGUGGCCUUUAAGAAAAUGAUAAAGACGAUCAAUAGCUUGGUCCGGGAAUGUACAUUCCGUCUAUUUUUCGUUCUUCGUUGUAAACAUGCGAAGGAACUUUGUCACUAUUCAGGUGAAAAUCAAAAGGUACACCUCUCGAUAAGGCGCCAUCGUCAGGGCUCCCGUUCCUUUCGCCAGUUCCCGGCUACUGGUGGCUCCGUGCCUAUCAUGGGAUGGUUCACAACGGAAUGUUAACAUCGCACAAAUAGAAACCACUCGCACGGAAGUGAUAAAAAGAUGUCUCGGAGCUUUUUUUUUUAACGCUUAUUACGGCUUCCUUCGGGAGUAAGUGAAUAAAGUUAAAAGGGAUUGCAAAAGAGUGUUUUUUUUAAUGUCCCGUUUAAUUACUGCUGCCACAUACUAAUUACUGCUGGGAGUUCUCGGCUCCCCUUUGCCUCAGAGCAGGCUACUCACCGUGCUGCCUUGCUGAACAGUGCACAAGCUCAAAGUUUAGUCUAUGACUGUUUAACGCUCGACCCCAGCUCCUUCCAUUCGCACUCGCAGCCCAGACUAUGCACGCUUCAGAAGGAAUGCAUUCAGGGCUUGUUGACAGCGAGCAGCACCACCACUGCCCACCCUCCUACCCCUGUGUCCCGGGACCCCAGUAAGAUGGAAGCAAGCGAGGAGGAUAUCCGCGCAACGGCACGGUUGUUCUGAAGACUGCCCCCUACAACAAGACGGUAUCGGCGUCAUGCUUUGUAUCGUUGCAUUUUCGCGAACCGUGCAGAAGCGAACGCGUGUACAAUCGAUGUCAGGGAAAGUCUUUGCUGAUAAUGAGCUUUGAUUGUGGAAGUUUCAGGCUCCGGUUUCCAGGAACUGGCAAGGGAUGGUACCGUGGAUUUUAACAUCGAGUUAAACUACUCCCAGAGUGACGAUGACUCUGUCGCCCUCUGUAACGCACUGAUAUCACCAUGCCCAUCAUUUCCCGAAGCAGCGACAACGACAACAGUAACCUGAGCGACUCGUCUUCUAGUUCCUUAAAUCAGAUUGCUCCCUUAAUUCACGCCGAAACCGCUCCUGUCAAAGGAGCCUACUACCGACGGUCGGGAAGGAUCCGCCGUGCAAAUCAACUGACCCAAAUAGACCAGAAGCAACACAUCAUCCUCAACGUGGGGGGUGCCAAGUACUUGGUGCCCUGGUUAACUUUGGACGAAUUCCCACUUACACGACUUGGGAGAUUAAAGUUUUGCCGCAACUAUGAAGAAAUCGUGCAGAUCUGCGACGAUUAUGACGAGUCCUCCAACGAGUAUUUCUUUGAUAGGAACCCGUGCGCUUUCCGCAUGAUCAUCACCUUCAUUUCUGCGGGCAAACUGCGGCUUUUGAGAGAGAUGUGUGCCCUGUCCUUCCAAGAAGAGCUUGCUUACUGGGGGAUAGAGGAGGCCAACUUGGAGACCUGUUGCCGCAGGAAACUCAUUCGGAGAGUCCGAGAGGUGGCGAAGAUCAGGAAAGGAGAGGAGGUAGAGAGGAAGGAGGAGGAAGUCGAUGAUCUGGCUACGAACGGCAAAUUGGGUUACUAUAUGGACAAACUGCGAGAUAUGGUGGAGAAUCCUCAUUCAGGACUGCCUGGGAAAGUGUUUGCCUGUCUUUCCAUUUUAUUUGUCACUAUGACGGUAAUUAGUCUUUGCAUUGGUACAAUGCCAGAUUUAAGGUCGGAAGAAGACCGGGAUAAAUGUUCCCAGAGGUGCUAUAACAUGUUCAUAAUAGAAACCAUCUGUGUAGCCUGGUUCUCCUUGGAGUUUGUGUUACGUUUUAUUCAGGCACGAAGCAAGUGGCAGUUUCUGAGAGGACCUUUGAACAUUAUUGACAUAUUGGCAAUUCUACCGUAUUACAUUUCGCUCUUGGUUGACAAAGGACCCGGAGAUAGUUAUAAAUCUUCAGGAAGCAACAUCUAUUUGGAAAAGUUGGGGCUGGUGCUCCGAAUAUUGCGGGCCUUGAGGAUUCUGUAUGUCAUGAGACUUGCCAGGCACUCCCUGGGCCUUCAGACACUGGGUCUUACUGUGCAGCGGAGCGUUCGUGAGUUUGGACUCUUGCUUCUUUUCCUCUGCGUGUCUGUCACUCUAUUUGCACCACUUGUCUACCUUGCAGAGAAAAAGACAGGAAAAGGAGGAGACUUCAGCAGUAUUCCUGCAUCCUAUUGGUGGGCUAUCAUUUCUAUGACAACAGUCGGGUAUGGCGACAUGGUGCCUCAGAGUAUUCCUGGGCAGGUGGUGGCUCUAAGCAGCAUCCUCAGUGGGAUCCUAAUAAUGGCAUUUCCCGCAACUUCUAUUUUCCAUGCAUUUUCCCGUGCAUAUGUUGAACUAAAACAAGAACAAGAGAGGGCCCAGGCCCGGCUGAAAUGCAUUGAAAAGGCAGCAAAGCACUCAGAGAAUGAAGGCUUCAAUGACACAAACAAUUGCUCUAAUGAAUUUAUUGGCAAAGAGAAAAAAGUUUUCAAUUACUUGUAAUUUUAUGGAUUGGUUCGUUGUUGCUCCUUAUUUGUGUUGAAUUACAAGGAAUGUAUAGCACUACAAAAGGCCAUUUGCCCAAGUAACCUGUGGUAGUGUUUAUACUCUACACAAACCUUCUCUCAUUCCAUCUACCUCAUCUCAGACUUACAGUAUAUCUUUUUAUUCCCUUUUCUCUCCUGUCCUUAUCUACUUUCCUUCUGAACAAAUUCAAGCCCACUAAUAUUCCAAAUAAUAGUGAUUUACAAAUGCAAACUGGUUCCUCAGUUAAAAAAAACAAAUUCCUUAAUUUGGAUUCUUCCUUGGGAAACACUAGGGGCAACAUUAAUUCUCAAUACUGGGUCAGUUUUAGUGGGUUGAGAACUUAAAUUAUAAAAGCAGAAAUAGCAAUGCAGUUUGCUUAAAACCUGCUCUUUCCUUGUUAAAUAAAAUGGCGGAAGCGGUAGGUGGCAAUCCUUACCCUGGAAGAAGGCCAUGUGAUAAACCCUUUGAAGAAACACUGUGCUUCUUUUUAUUUAAAGAAAACAGCUACUUUUGACAUGUUGGACAUAAUUUCUGGGCCCUGACAAAUCCAGCAGAUAAGCCAAUCAAACACGUCUAAUGGAUCUUGAGUAGGACCAAAUGUUCUUAGCAAGAUUAAUCAGUUAAUCCCUGCAAUAUAUCUAACAACCACACACUACUUGUUUGAACCCUUGACUGAGAACUAUUUGUAUACCACCUGAACACGGAUCGAUCCUAUAACGCCAGGCUCCUCAAAAUCAAAAGUGAUUUCUCCUGUGGUCAAAAUCUUGAAUCCUUCAACAAGAAUUGAACAUUGAUUUCUUCUCCUUGUCAUUCUCUACAGCUUCCAGCACCACACAAUCACCAAUUCCAUCCUUAACUGUCAUCUCUUACCAAACAUAAUUUCCAGUAUAGUGACAAUCUUUCUCAUUCUCAGCACUAACUCCCAUCCUUGGGAUUUCUUCCUUAUCUGCUAAAUAGUUUUGGCAAAAAUUAUUCCCUUUCUCAAUUCCUGUUCCUUUACUGUGUGCUGAGCGCUUCCCCAUCCAAUGGAUAGUCAGUUUAUCAAUCAGGUAGGUUGCCAGCCAGAAAAGCUGGACGAAUCAUUUGAAAGACAUCUUGCUGUUAGCAACAGCAGAACACACAAGGAUCUCAUCCUCCAGUGUCUCACAUUAUUACACCAUGUGGCCACAAUCCCUCCAACCUCAGCUCUCAGGAAGCGCAGCCCUAUAAAUAUCAAGACCCUUUCUUGAAAGAUCAGAAGUAACAAGCCUGGUUAUCCCUGAUUCAGAUUUGAAUUUUAAUCCCACAUAAAGAAAUUGACCAGGGCAGCAUUUCUACACGUAAGAAAUAAAGGUAUGUCCAUCUUUAUCAAGUAACCUUUGUAUCGAAUAGACUACAGUACUGUGCAAAAGUCUUAGGUACACACACACACACAUACUCUCACACUCACAGACACACAAAUACAAACACACACUCAGACACACAUACAUACAAACAUACACACACACACACUCUCACACUCAGACACACAAAUACAAACACACACUCAGACACAUACAUACAGACAUACACACACACACACACACAUACUCACACUCACACACAAAUACAAACACACACUCAGACACACAUACAUACAGACAUACACACAAACACACACAGUCACAGACACACACAAAUACAAACACACAGUCACAGACACACACACACACGCACACACACACACACACACACACACAGUUCUGUAGUAAUUUUAUGUUUUGCACUGUACUACUCCAAAAAAAAUCAUGACCUAUGUGAGUGAUGAUAAACUUGAUUCUGAUAUGGACCUCUGUUGUGGACUGAGAGUAGGAAGGGAGUAGGGUUGGGAAAACUGGAAGGGAAAGGGUAGAGGAGAGGGAGUGGAAAGCACCAGAGAGACAUUUUGUAAUGAUCAAUAAGCAAAUUGUUUGGCAUCAAAUGAUCUUGCCUGGUGUCUCGGGGCUGGGUUUCUCUACAUCCGCACCACUGCCUGCCCCUGGUACUCCUUCUAUGCAAUCUGUCCCACUCACCUCCCAUGGCACUUGAUCUUUGGCAUUCCCAACAUCCUAUGCUCUCACAAGGUUUACAAACUCGCUCUCUGCUUCACGUUGAUAAAUACAGUACUGUGCCAAAGUCUUAUGUACCUGAGCUAUAUAUAUGUGCUUAAGACUUUUGCACAGUAUUUGUAUAUUACUGCAACGCACUUUUUACUGGUCUUCCAAAGCAAUCUAUUGACAAAAUUCAACUCAUUCAGAAAUGCUGCUGCUGGACUUUUAACUAAAAUCAGGAUGAGCAAGCAUAUCACUUCCAUCCUAACUAUGAGGGGUGAUUGAUAA